GCAUGCGUAUAAAUAAAGACUUGACUUUGAUUCUUUCAGACGUUGUUCUCGUCGCUCGUUGACGUUUGCGUUCGUGUCGUCGGUCUUGCUACUAUGUCUACUAGUGUUAGGAAGACCCAAACUCGCAAGCAAGUUAGAGUUGCCGCCGCCGCCGCUGAAGAAGCAACUCCUCGCACACAGAUGGUUCAGUUUAUGGCUGCAGCAGAUACACAGUCUGUUGUAAAACCAACAUCGAGACGACAACCGACCAAACAACAGUCAGCAAGUAAGCUAGUGAGAACACCCUUACGAAAGAGACCUCGAACGAGUCUGAGUCAAAGACCAGCUCAUAGUUUACUCGAUGAGAUCAUGGAAAGAGACCCACAGAGCGAAAUGCUUGGAUCUCAAAGAAAAGUGACACGUACCAUCCCAGAGUCAACACUUCAUUCUAUUUUGAAAAAGAAGAAGUCAACGAGCACCCCUGAGUUACAGCCAUAUCAGCGUUCAGCGAAAUCAAUGUUACGAUCGGUGUCUUUUCGCGAUGAACAACUAAACGUGCCACUGAAUGAUUUCAAUGUAACCGUUGACUCUGGAGGAGACAGCAGUGCACAAUGGAUACCGAACAGACAGAGAGUAGAAGCAGGUCAGAGCAGAAGUCCUGAGGUCAAUCUUUCUAUCUCUGUUGUGUCUGAAGCCGACGGUGCCGCACAAUGGAUACCUAAUAGGGAAAGAACAGUUCGUGUAGAGAACGAUAGUCCAGCUGUUGCUGAUUUUGGAGGUAGUUAUAUAGAAACUAAGCCAAGAGAUGGAGGAAUUAGAGACAUUGAUGAUGGCAUGGAAGUAGGUGAUGACAAGAGUGAUUCCGGGGAGAUUAACGACGAUAUGGAGGAGAUUGUCGACAAUCUGGAGGAAGGACGGAAGGAUGAGGCAGACCCUUCGGCCAGUCAUCGAUCUAAAAAGCCUGUAAAACAGAGGAAAUCAUUACCCAUGAGCAAAAAACUUGUGAGAGAACUAAUGAUGCAUUUCUCGAGAAGAACCAUUGCAAAGGACGCGGUUGAUUUGGCUGCCGAACUGGUUGACAAGUUCUUUGAUCAGCUUAUAGACGACUUGGAGUGUUAUUGUUUACAUGCCAAACGGAAGACAAUCCAGAAGGAAGACUUUGAACUUCACUUGCGUCGAGUUCGAGAAGUACACGACAAGAAAUCAUUAGACGCUUUAGUGCUAGAUCAUUUGCCUAUGGAAUAUUGGAGAGACCUACUUGAUUUGCCGAUAAAAAAGAAAUAAGAUAACGUAUUGUGUUGUGUGG